UGACAGCUGCAGGAUCGACAACAGCGAACCUAUUAACGGUAGGACGUCGUUCCUCAUCCAGCAACGGCUCCAGUACGGCCAGGAGUAGUCUGCACGGCUACAGAUUACGUGAUCCAGCGUCGUUCCAGACGAAUAAUCGAGCAAGUCGAAGGAACAAGCUUUUCCAGAUCUACCCCGCGACUUUCGUUUCUAACUAGAAUUUUUCAGCAAGCCGAACAAAACGUUACCAAGGGCCUUGGAAAAUUAAUGGAAAGCCCAUUUCUGCAAUGUUUAAAUUUUUCAUUUCAGCUUGUUUUUAGUCUCGGAUGAAAUGUACAUUCAACUGUUUCUUAACUUACUCUCCGCUAAUGCGCUAGAUGGUGCAAUGGCUUCAAAGAGAAUUAUGGCCCUGUCGACCGGGUCGCUGCUACUGCCACUGGGGGCGCCGUUAUCUCAUAUUCCUGACAGGUGUUCUGUUGGGUUCCCUGGUAGCGUUUAUCUUUUUUCGUCUUAUUAUCGGGCAAUCGAACCAGAUAAGCGUUACAUCGAACCACAAUCUCACAGAGGAGCAUAUGUACAUUCGAUGGCUCUCUGAAGAAGGCGUCACUAGGAUCUCCAGCAUUCAACGAGAUCUCUACAAAGCUGGAAUAAACGUCUCAGAAGCGCAGUACCUCUUUGAUCGCGUACCCAUCACGUGCAUCGUGUUUAGUUCUAAUCGACGCCAGGCGCGCGCCGUUGUCGGUACCUGGGGUCGCCAUUGUAAUUCCCUUGAUUUUGUGGCAAACUUUGAAGAUAAGUUUGUGCCCACAACGGUGAAAGUAUCUGAGGACGGCCAUCUACUGUGUCGCACGAUCCGAGAGGUAUUUCUCAAGCGUUUUCAGGGAAAGCAAAAUAGGUGGGUAUUUUUAGCCAGUGACACAACCUUCGCGGUCAUCGAGAACCUUCGCAGAAUGGUGGCUCCACUGAACUCUUCCGAUAUCCACUACCUUGGGCAUGCCGUUAAAAAGUGGAUCCCACGAUUUGGAUCAGCAGCACCUCACAGACCGCUAACUGUCAACGUGGCCAGAGGAGGUAUUGUGCUAAGUCAUGGAGCUAUCUUGCAACUUCUAUACACACUCGGCCCUGAUUGCAGCGUUGAGGAGGAAGCUGAACUCGAAGACUCAAUAGCUGUUCUUUUCAGCGACGAUAUUAUCAGGCCCGACACGAGGGACUACAUGGGUCGAUCGCGUUUUCUGGCCAGGCCGCUUGCAAAGCUUCUUCGGACCAGAAAGAUAUCCCCGUACGACACUUUUUCUAAGGAUUCAGUCUAUACAUCACCAAUGGGCUCAUUUUGCUGUAGUCCUAUGGCUAUAUCGUUGGCCGGGGUAGAUGCGUUAGAAAUGCAUUUGUGGGAGUUCAUCAUAGCCCGAAUGGGAGUAGGUGUUCCCGCAUCGAAGGAUCGUGGACUAGACGGGGCGCCAUUGAGAGACGCAUUUGUUCCUCCCGUGGCCAUUGAAGGAGACGAGUCGCCUAUUCUACCAACAGAACCCAAGGAACUGUAGUUUAGUAUACAACACGUGACGACAUCUUAACCAGGAUAACGAUGUUAAACCUAACGACCAGCUCGCACAGAAAAAGGAAUCUCUGUGAGACGAGUUUUGUGCGUAAACCUCAAUUGUAAAUAACAGAUUUCUUUGUCGGAGUGCGUGUAUUGUAUAUGAUAGUAAUCUGCCUUAAACUUUUACACGAAAAAGCAAUUCAGACAAGUUGCUCACUCGUGUCUACUUAUAUAUAGAGCAGUAUACAGUUAACAGAAAGAUAAAAGGAAAGCAACGGACUUCUGUAAUGUCAGCCUAAAGCUGACCAUGUUUAUUUUGUCUGUGAAACGUUGAGCGUACGAAGUCCCACCAUCGCAAAUCAGCCACGACUUUUAAGCAUCGCCCUUAACUCGAAAGGCCUUAUAUUAUGCCAUAUAUACAGGGUAAUCAAAAAGUUGCACUAAGAUAAUUUUUUAUGCUGAUAUUUCUAAACCAACACAAGAAUUACAACGACGUUCAUGAUUUUUUCCAAGAUUGUAUAAUUCUGUUUUAAAAACUUAUAUUUUUCGAUUGAUUAAUAACUUUUAAUACAUGCAAGCAUCGAGUGCCUAUCGAAAACUUCGAUGAUAUUUUUCGUUGGUGGCGAAGGGAAAUUUUGUGCCAUUAUGUGCCUAAUGGCUACCGUUAGGCCUAGCUGCAUCUGUUAGUUAUUGCUUGUAAAUAGAGUGAAUUGCUGAAUAUUUUUUGCUAAUAGCUAUAUAUAUAUAUAUAUAUAUAUAUAUAUAUAUAUAUAUAUAUAUAUAUAUAUAACCAAUAGCUAUAUAUACAUAUAU